ACCUCUUUCACCACCACAGAUGUUACUGCAGAUGUAGCGCAGGAGGAGACGGGCCCUUUUAACCGAACGGCGUGACGUAAUCGGGUCAAAGAGUAAAGCAAUGGCGUCGGGAAAUGGACUUGCCGCUUUGGGUGUGGAGGGAGCUACAGCAGCCGCCCAGGCUCUGUCAUUGCCAGCUGAAGCUUAUGGGAACGAUCCUCAACUGGAAGUUAUGUGGGCGAUGAAGGCUUACAAUCAUGCAGAAAUCUACUUUAAUCUCAUCUCAUCUGUUGACCCCAGUCAUCUGAAGCUGACCAAGGUGGAUGACAUGAUCUAUAACUCCUUCAGAGUGUCUUUCGCAGACCUCAACAUCAAGAACUUGGAUCCUGACAUGCUCAAAUCGUCGGAGGCCAAAGAGAAGUGGCGCCCGUUCUGUAACCAGUUUGAUGGGGUGGUAGAAGACUUUAACUACGGUACUCUGCUGCGACUUGACUGUGAGAAGGACUACACAGAGGAAAACACGAUUUUCGCCACCAGGAUCCAGUUCUUUGCCAUCGAGAUUGCUAGGAACAGAGAAGGAUUCAACACACCUGUAUUCCAGGCUAAAACACCUCCUUCCUAACCUAUGCUCUGUGACCUUUAUAGCCUUGUGUCCAAUAUUGUUGUAAACACAACCUUCUCCAGCCCAGGAACAGAACGUUAACAGCCUUGUUUACCCGGCUAAACAUACUUCACAAGACCCUAUUCAGGGGUAGGCAACAAGAUUCAGCCAUGGGAUAACUUUUAUUUUUGUCUAAGCAGAUAGCCAGGAACGUAAUUAUAAAUAUCUGAGCUGCCAAUUGACCUAAACCCAAAGUUAGCAUUUAUUUGUAAAUAACUUGAUUACAUUAAGAUACGAUUACAUGUUUAAACUCAUUUAGGAUGUUUGGGCCACAUGUUGCUUACCCCUGCAUAUGAACCCUAAAGCCUGAAUCAUAGUCAAGAUACAGAGGUGAUACUUUAGGCCCAUUGUGACUGAAAUUCCAGUUUGCAGAGGCGCAGCCCAAACACAUCUUCACACUUACCAACCAGCUGUGUUGACAAUUUAAAAAAUGGUACAAAUGCCAACAGUCCAUUAUUCAAGAGCACCAUCAUGCCUGUGUUUUGGACUAUGAAAGCCUCUUUAUUGACCUAGGUAUGGGUAAAUCCAGCAUCUCCCUAUGACCCCUGACCUAGGAACAGAAUGUUCCAGGAGCCCUAGUUACCGGGUAGAUCAUCCCCAGUACUUGACAUCCCUCUGUGUUUCUGUGAUCAUCCACCUUGUUGAUUUCAGACUGCACACCAAGCGCCCCCCCACCCGUGUGUACAUACUGCUGUUCAAACCAGCAUGUGUUAGUUAUUAGGUCCCUCUUAGUUAUAAGUCAUUUCUGGGAAUGGCAUGAUCUGUUUUUGUACAAAGCUCUUUUACUAGUGUGAAAUUGGCCCUAUCCUCCCUGAACAUAAUUCUGUCCAGGGCCCUUUACAGACUGUCAAAAUGAUGUGCGCUCCAAAGGCAGACUUGAGGUUGCCUAGUGUUUCAUUCUGUGUUUGGUUUCUACCUGCUGACUGGACUCAUGUACAUUUAAGAUGACCUGAAAUAAAUGCAAGUGUGCCCUCUGA